CGCGGUCCGUCGCGUCCCGGGGCCCCCCGCGCGGCAGAGGCGGGCGGCGGGGCGGGGGUGGCGGCCCCGCUCUCCCCGAACCCCGCGGGUCCCGCCGGGCUCGGGGCCGGUUCCGGGGCCGGUUCCGGGAGCCCUGGGGGGCCCUGCACGAUCCCGGCCAUGCCGCCCGCCCGUGCCGGCGGUAAGGGGGCCGUGGUGCUGCAGUGCGAGUGGCAGCAGUGCUCGUUCGUGGCCUCGGACAUGGAGGAGUUCUGCGGGCACGUAGCGCAGCACCUGCAGCAGCACCUCCCUGGCGGGCACCGCCCUGGCGAGCACCGCGACGAGCUGGACCCUCUGGAGGAGUACACGUGCCUGUGGCAGGACUGUGGCUUCUGCUCCCUGGAGAGCUCGGCCGACCUGGUGCGCCACGUCUACUUCCACUGCUACCACACCAAGCUCAAGCAGUGGGGGCUGAGGGCCCUGCAGAGCCAGGCAGACGUCAGCCACUGCCAGCUGGACUUCCAGAGCAGGAAUAUCAUCCCUGAGAUCCAGGAGAACUUCCUGUGCCUCUGGGAGUACUGUGAGAGGUCGUUUGACAACCCCGAGUGGUUCUACCGGCACGUGGAGGAUCACAGCUUCUGCUCCGAGUACAAGGCGGCGGGCAAGGAGAACCAUGUGGUGCUGUGUGGCUGGAAAGACUGCAACUGCAGCUUCAAGGGCCGCUGCAAGCUGCGGGAGCACCUGCGCAGCCACACGCAGGAGAAGGUGGUGGCGUGCCCCACCUGCGGGGGGAUGUUUGCCAACAACACCAAGUUCUUCGACCACAUCCGCCGCCAGAGCGCCCUGGACCAGCAGAGGUUCCAGUGCUCCCACUGCUCCAAGAGGUUUGCCACGGAGAGGCUGCUCCGCGACCACAUGAGGAACCACGUGAACCACUACAAGUGCCCGCUGUGUGACAUGACGUGCCCGCUGCCCUCCUCGCUGCGCAACCACAUCCGCUUCCGCCACAGCGAGGAGCGCCCCUUCAAGUGUGACUACUGUGACUACAGCUGCAAGAACCUCAUUGACCUGCGGAAGCACCUGGACACGCACAGCAAGGAGCCGGCGUACCGCUGCGAGUUCGAGGCCUGCAGCUUCUCUGCACGCUCCCUCUGCUCCAUCAAACUGCACUACAGGAGGGUGCACGAGGGUGACUCAGAGCCCCGGUACAAGUGCCACGUGUGUGACAAGUGCUUCACGCGGGGGAACAACCUCACUGUGCACCUCAGGAAGAAGCACCAGUUCAAAUGGCCCUCGGGACAUCCUCGCUUCAGGUACAGGGAGCACGAGGACGGCUACAUGAGGCUGCAGCUGGUGCGCUACGAGAGCGUGGAGCUCACAGAGCAGCUGCUCAAGGACAAGGAGAAGCGUGGGGAGGCUCUGGAUGGCUCCAGCGAGUGCCUGGUGCUGCCUGAGGGCGAGGGCAACCUGCAGGGCAUCCUUCUGGAGCCGCCAGCAAGCCCUGCCCUGGCAGAGAACAGGGGGUCUGAGCUGCCUGUGCCCCCAGCCCUGUGCUCUGCUCCCAGCCCCGAGCCAGCACAGCCGAGCCCCUGCCCAGGAGCUGCCUCCUCUUCCUCCUCCUCCUCCUCCUCCUCCUCCUCAGAGCAAGGAGGCAGCAGCACGAGCAGUCCCAUCAUCCGUGUGGUGAGCAGGACCAACGAGCAGGGCCACAGUGAGACUGUGUAUUAUGUGAUGGCCAGCACGGCCCCGGGGGAGCAGGGCACAGCACCCCUGCCUGUGGAGCUGGAGGAGAACGUCAUGGACAGGCUGCAGAAAACAGCCGAGGAGCUGGGCAUCCAGAUCGUGUGAGGGGCUGGGCACCCAGAUCCUGUGAGGGGCUGGGCACCCAGAUCCUGUGAGGGGCUGGGCACCCAGAUCCUGUGAGGGGCUGGGCACCCAGAUCCCGUGAGGGGCUGGGCACCCAGAUCCUGUGAGGGGCUGGGCACC